UUGGAGGUUCUUUUAAACCCUCCCCCUCUCCCUGUUUCUUUAUUUCUUUCUUCCUCUUUCGCCUGUUCCCCUUUCUUCCUCUUUCAUUCUUUGUUCAUCUCUGUUCAUCUCUGUUCUUCUUCUUCUUCUUUUUUUUCGUCAUUCUCAUCUUCGACAAUUACCUCGCUUUUUUGGUAAUCAUCAACCAUGGCUAGUGGUUCAAAAUCGUCGGGCAAACAAUCUUCGAUUAAUUCACAGAGGGCAAAUCAUCGAUUAAUUUGUUAUUGUAACGAUGUAGCGGUUCUUCGAACGGCUAAGAAUGGGGUGAAUGCGGGCAAGAAGUUCUACGGAUGUCCUAAUUGGCCGGUUGCUGGUGCUUGCAAAUUUUUUGAAUGGUUGAUGGAUGAUGGUGUUGUUAAUCGUCCCCAAUUGUUUGAUGAUUAUCAAUUGAAAAUUCUGGAGAAAGACACAGAGAUUGCUGAGUUGGAAAUGAAGAAUAAAAUGUUGGAGGAGAAAGUGAAGAGAUUGCAAAUUAAGAAGGAAAAUGUUGAAGAAGAAAACCAGGAAAUGAAGAACGAGCUUUGUCAUAUGCGAUUCGAGUUAAUGAAUUGCUCUAGGACCGAGAAAAACUUGUCCAUGAUUUUGAUUUUUUCAUGGCUUAUGUUUGCGGUUUUAGCGUUGUUAUUGAGGUAGAUUAUGUCUUAAUUUAGAUCUAGUUGCGGGUUUAUUUUGGUUGUAUUUCGUACUUUAUGAAGUAAUAAAUAA